GGUCAACACACUCGUUACAUUCUGCUAAACACUUAUGAUGAGAUUCAACCGGUACUCGGCUGCAAUUGCAGUCGCGGCGACUAUUCAGACAUGCGCUGCCCAGACCUACACUGACUGCAACCCCACAGAAGCGACCUGCGACCCGGACAAUGGCCUCGCAACGUACAGAUUCAGCACCGACUUCACCACCGGUGAAUCGUCAUUCGAUGGCUGGAAUACAACCUCUGGAACGGUGACAAGCACCGACCUUGGUGCCCUGUUCACUAUCAGCGAGCAGGGAGAUGCCCCGACAAUCGAGACCGAAUUCUAUAUCUUCUUUGGUUAUGUCGAGGUGAAGAUGCGCGCGGCCAAUGGCACUGGCAUCGUCAGCACAGCGAUCUUGGAGUCGGAUGACCUUGAUGAGAUCGACUGGGAGCAAGUCAGCACCUUUAACACCGAAAUCCAAACAAACUACUUCGGCAAAGGCAACACCACCUCAUACGACCGCGCCACAACCGUGGCGGUCGACACCCCCGAAGACACCUUCCACACAUACGGAAUUGAGUGGACCGAAAGCGCCACCAACUGGUACGUCGACGGCGCCCUCGUCCGUACGCUCAACUACGCCGACGCGGUCGACGGCACAAACUACCCGCAGACCCCCAUGCGCAUCCGCAUUGGAAUUUGGGCCGGCGGUGACCCGGAUAACUCGGAGGGGACGAUUGAGUGGGCCGGUGGUGAGACGGAUUAUACGGAAGGGCCGUUCAAUAUGUACGUUGAGUCGGUUAGUAUCAUCAACUAUAACCCGGCCGACACGUAUACCUGGACCGACCAGACGGGGUCGUAUACCAGUAUCAGUGCGGCGAACGGGACGUCGGAUGGGACUACGCUGUCUAGCUCUAGUGCGAGCUCCAGUUCCACCUCGAGUGCUUCAAGUUCGAGUUCAAGCACUGCGGUUAUUCCUUCUACCAGUGAAGGAUCGUCCACUAGCACGACUGGCGAGUCAAGCUCCAAUGCUGGUGCAACCGCGACAUACGGUGGCUGUGCCAGUGCCAGUGCAAGUGCCAGUUCCAGUGCGUGCGCCAGUACUAGCGACGUUGUUUACAGUUCGACUGCCCCGGCCGGUAGCUCGAACUGGUCCUCGGUUGUUGGGGUAUUUUGCCUCGUCUCCCUUGCAACAAUCGUCACAGCGAUGAUGCCGCUUUGAGAUGUUGGCGAAGGCCCUAUUGUCAUAUGCCUAAGCCUAGUUCCUGUCAGAAAGUUGGGUCUGUCCAAAUGAAGAAACCACUGAUUCGAGAAAGAAGAUCACUAGAUCACUAUUAAACGUCAUACACUGAACUAAACCUCACGCGCCUUGUCCACGACACCACCCUUGUUACUACUCUGGGACUCCGAGCCAGGGACAACCGCGGUAAUUACCUCUGCUCCCUCAAACUUUGCGUUUAUUUCCUCCAGCUCGAGUCCCUUGGUCUCAACAAAGGUAAAAUAUGCAAUGAUGAGGAAAACAAAGUCCCAUGCAGCAUUGAUGAAAUAGAACUUCCACCCGAGAUCAGCCAUCGCGUAGGCCAUUGCAAAGGAUGCGAGGAGACUAAUUGAAUGACGUGGUUAGCGCGAUCUUCAUCAUGUCUGAUGUGCCAAGCUGGUGCGGGUCCAGAGAACUUACCCAAAUCCAGAAUCGAGCAUGCGGAAAAUAGCAAUACCCGUCGUACGAAGCUUGAAAGGCGACACUUCCGUAGGAUACAAACUUGUCAUUGGCGAAACUGAGAAGGCAUAGAAGCCCUGGAAGAGGAAUAUAACAGCAAUUGUCCCGUAGAUUCCAGAAGUAUGGGUGCUAUUGCCGUAUCCUAGUGGCGGAUCAGUUAGCCGUGGGCAGGACAGAAUAAGGUUGCGGUUUCGCUCACGUUUGAUUAGACCCCCAAUCAUGAGUAGAGUGGCAACCAUACCACCAGCGCCAAUGAACAUUUGCUUUCUACGACCGAGUAUAUCGAGCAUAAAACUUCCGAAAAUCGCGAUCGCAAAGGACCAGCAAUUGAUAAUUACUUGGACCUGAGUCUGAGUCACUGUGUCAGUGAUCCCAGCCUGGCUGAGGAUCUUGGUCAGGUAGAAUCUAAACACAGAAGUUAGCUUUUUAUAUGUGAAGU